AUGGCUCACGGCCAAUUCAACUUCACGCCCUCCGACAUCCCCUGGCCGACCUGUGCGAGGACCUGUUGCAACGCCAACUUCGAUCAGUUCCCCAAGCCCGUGAACCAUCCCCUAUGCAUCAGUCAGCCCUUCUACGACAACGUCACUACCUGCGUCGCUUCCAACUGCACUGAGUACGAACAGGGUGCCUAUGCCGUCGUUGCCGAGAUCGAGUGCCCAAAGGACGAGGGUUACGAGGUAGAUAUUGAUAAGGAUGCCGUGGUGGCUGAUCUGAAAGACGCGGGAGGAACUCCACAGUCUUGCGAGGGUAUCAACAACGAGACCAUUCAGUGUCAGAAUGGCACAGCAGAGAAUGCCGGAGUGAAGAUAGUUGGAGAAGUCGGAUUCAUGUUUUCGACUGUCACUGUUGCUAGCCUUGUUGCCUUGAUGGCUUCCAGCCUUUGA